GAGCUGGAGGGCGAGCCAGCCAGCGAGGGCGGCCUGCUCAGGAGUGGGCAGGGAGGACCCUCCCGCCCUGCAAAGGGUUAAAGCGGCAGCGAGGGGGGGCGGAGCCCAGCUUGGCCCUGGGAAUAAGGCGCCGCCGCCCGGCUGCUUUUGCUCCCUUUUGCAGAGUGGUUGGUGCUUGUAUCGGUGAGGUGCGCAGGGAGCGGAGCCUGGCUGAUGCUUCUCAGUGCCUCCCCCGAGAUGAAGCCUCCGUCCGGCAGCUCUCGCCGGCGGAGCGGAGGGUAGCGGCGGGUGAAGGCGAGCGACUUGCCCCGCCAGCCAUGAGCCUCACGGGCGGCGCCCAGACUCCACAGGACUGAGCCUCGUGCCCCUCCCCCGACUGGUUGUGUUGAGCCCCGUCCGGCGGGAUCCUGGCCAGGGAGUCCCGGCACUCGGGCUGGGAGCCGCCGCGGUUUCACAGUUCUACAAGGACUUCGCAGGCGAUCUCGAUCCGCCCACCCCUGUGUAUUCUCCACCUUCCUCCCCCCCCUUUCUUUUGCCCCCCCUUCUCUUUCCUCCCCUGAGGCUUUGGUUCCCCCCCCCCGCGUUGGUCUUUCCACCAAAUCCGCCUGGCACCAUGCUGCUCUGUCUCGGACCCACCCUGUACGGCUUGGCUCCCACGCUCCUGCUCCUGCUGCUGGCCUUGCCCCCGGGAGCUCCCACAUGUCCCAUGCUUUGCACUUGCUACUUUCCUCCGCCCACAGUCAGCUGCCAAGCCAACAACUUCUCCUCCGUGCCACGGGUCCUGCCGCCCAAUGCUCAGCGCCUCUUCCUGCAAAACAACCUGAUUGGGACCCUGCGAGCUGGCAUGUUUGGUCCCAGCCUCCUCACCCUCUGGCUCUACUCCAACAACAUCUCCUCCAUCCAACCUGGCACUUUCCGCCACCUCCAGGCCCUUGAGGAGCUGGACCUCGGGGACAAUCGCAACUUGCGCACCCUUGACCCGGACACUUUCCGCGGGCUGGAACGGCUGCAGUCCCUGCACCUUUACCGCUGUCAGCUUAGCAGCCUACCAAACACCAUCUUCCGCAAUCUCUUCAGCCUCCAAUACCUCUAUCUACAGGAGAACAACUUGCUCUGCCUACAGGAUGACCUCUUUGUGGACUUGGCUAACCUGAGCCACCUCUUCCUGCAUGGCAACAAGAUUUGGCAGCUCUCAGAGAAUGUCUUCCGGGGCCUGUCUGGAUUAGACCGCCUGUUGCUGCACAGGAAUCGCCUGCACACCAUUCCUGGCGGGGCCUUUCGUGACCUGGGCAAGCUCACAAUCCUGUACUUGUUUAACAACAGCCUGACCAGCCUCUUGGGGGAGACUCUCUCAGCCUUGCCCUCCCUCGAGUUCUUGCGCCUCAACAGCAACCCCUGGGCCUGUGACUGCCGUGCCCGCUCCCUCUGGGCCUGGUUCAAGCGCACCCGCGUCUCCACCUCAGAGGUCAUAUGCACCUCUCCUGCCGAGCGCAAGGGGCAUGACAUGCGGUACUUAAGCGAAGCUGUCUUCCAGGGCUGCCCUCCAACCAGUCACCACUCGGUUGGGUUUGACUGGGGAUGCAGGCCUGAAUGGGAGAAUGGAGCAGUGCGUCCUCACCCUCACCCCCCUCCUCACCCCCCUCCCCAUCCCAAUGGCUCAUCCAAUCACCUUUAUGGCCUAGGGGGGUCGCCUCCCGCUGACCCCUCUUCCUUCUACAGGGAUGUGCCAGCCAAUGACAUCCGCAGCCCCAAGUACGACCCGCCCACGGAGGAUGACUAUUGGGGGGGCGGCGGCGGCGGCUAUGGUGGCGAAGAAGGAGGGCAACUUAAAAAGGGCUGCCCAGGACCUGGUUGUUCUUCUCUGGACUCUGGAGCUAUCAGGAUUGGCUUCCUAUUGCUUUCCCUCCCCUGGCUACUGAUGCUGUUGGGACCUUCCUGGUUUUGACAAUGGAGGGGGUUGCUCUGCUGAAAGGCAACUGGCUUUGGGGAAAGAGUGUGGGAGAUGCAAGCCAGGAUGGAUCCCCCACCCAGCACUGAGCUGAGGCCAAAGUGGUCACCCAUCACCCUGUCACAGGGACAAAGGGAGAUGUGGUCUGUUGCUGCUGCUUUCCUGGUCGGACUAAUGCUGGAGCCACUUUCUGGGUGGCAUCAGUCAUCUUUCACGAACAUAUGAUAAAAAUGCCCCUUUUUAAAUUUCUGGGGUGCUGUAUAACUCUCCCAUUAGAGAUGCUCACUACAUGCUAUUGCUUAAUGGGGCUGUUAUUGGCCUUCUGUGUUAUCCAUAUCCUGGAGUGAGCAAUGAUCUCUUCUGUGCAUGAUCAGGCAGUGCAGAAGGGAUGAGAGCAGCCUGUCCCUUUCAGAGCCUCCAUCCUUUCUACAGUCUCCUGCCAUGCACACAAGUGCCUGCUUCAUCCAAAAGGGUGGGGAUGGGAUCCUUCAGCUGAAAAGUGUCCUCUUCCAGAGCUGGCAAAUCGUGCCACUGGACUCCUAGCCCUUGACUUCUCCCCAAUAUGUGGUCUGUGGGGGUUCUGUGGUGGGAACAUCUGGGGACCAAUUCACAUGAUCAGUUGAGGUGACAGUUCCCGAGUGCAAAAUUUAUCACAGAUAUCGAGAGGCAUGAUGAAGCCUGCUCUGUGUUGGCCAUUCCCUACACCAGAGCCUUUAUGCUGCAGUUGAUGUUAUCACAUGAUAAACAGUCAUGUGAAUUGGUCCUCUUAUAAUAUCUAGUCUUCGUGGGCGGGGCAGGGUUGACCUUCUCCUGGUGUCUUCAUGUUUCCCCUUCUUAAAAAGGCAAAAAAAAAAAAAAAAGAUUGGAGAACUAUUAAACUAUUUUAGUAUG